AUGAAUGGGAUCCAAGUUGAUAUGAAUAGGCUGAAGAAGGGAGAAGUCAGUUUAGGGACGUCCAUUAUGGCAGUUACUUUCAAAGAUGGCGUUAUAUUAGGUGCUGAUUCGCGCACUACUACCGGUGCAUAUAUUGCUAACCGUGUUACGGAUAAAUUGACUAAAGUCCAUGAUAAGAUUUGGUGUUGUAGGUCAGGAUCUGCUGCUGAUACACAAGCUGUGGCUGAUAUUGUGCAAUAUCAUUUAGAUAUAUAUUCUACACAAUUUGGAACCCCCUCCACUAAGACAGCUGCCUCAGUCUUUAAGACACUAUGUUAUGAAAAUAAGGAUAAUUUGACAGCAGGUAUCAUCGUAGCAGGGUUCGAUGAUGCGACUAAUAAAGGGGAAGUAUAUAGUGUCCCGCUAGGUGGGUCAAUUCAUAAACAAAAAUAUGCAAUUGCAGGGUCUGGUUCGACGUUUAUAUAUGGUUAUUGUGACAAGAAUUUCAAAGAUGACAUGACAAAAGACGAAACUGUACAUUUUAUUAAACAUUCUCUUUCACAAGCUAUUAAAUGGGAUGGCUCUUCUGGUGGUGUUAUUAGAAUGGUUGUUUUGACGUCAGAGGGUGUAGAAAGAUUGAUAUUCUACCCAGAUGAGUAUGAGAACUUAUAA